AGAAAUCACGUUAAAGGCAAGAGCACAAUUGUGCUUCAAUUCGGUUUUAAAAAUCAUUCCAAGACGCGCAAAUAGCCAGAGUGUCUUUGAGCAAUUCCCAUAUUCCCCCCCCACAAAUUUGUCGUGGUCGGGUCAGUCAACGCUCGAGCGUCGUUCCGCGGAAAAUUGUAAAAUCAUAAUUAUCCGAAAGAUAAAUUGUUAGAAAGCGCGUGGUAAAUAAUAAAUAUGCGCAAGCGUAAAUUUUAUCAAAGCUAAACGAAUGCGAACAAGCGCAGACACCAAAAACAAAGGCAGAAACAAGAAAUUGCAGCCGUGGCAUUGUGUACAACCGGACCGGAACAGGACCCCCCUCCAACCGGCGCUGAACUAUCAGCAUAACAUGGAUGUACAAGUCAAGCAUAGAGAUUAGCCGAAUCCUUUGAAUUUUAAAUUCAAAAUCAUAAUUUAAUUUAGCCUAGUAGCGUAGCCUAGCCUAGCCCCAGAAAUUGUGGUUCCAAGCCACAGAACGCGUAAAAGAAAAGCAUAGAAAAAAGCACAUUGAAUCCUAAAGCUACGAACGAGAACACCAAAACCGACAACCAAACCCAAACCUAAGGCCUAAUCAUGACUACGGAUACCCGCCGACGCGUCAAGUUGUACGCACUGAAUGCGGAGCGGCAGUGGGACGAUCGUGGCACGGGGCAUGUCUCCUCGACAUACGUCGACCGAUUGAAAGAUCUUGCAGGUAUUUCACUACUGGUGCGCGCCGAAUCGGAUGGAUCGCUGCUGUUGGAGAGCAAAAUACAACCCGAUACCGCGUACCAAAAACAGCAGGACACGUUGAUUGUCUGGUCCGAAGGCGAUAAUUUUGAUCUGGCUCUGAGCUUUCAGGAAAAAGCUGGUUGUGACGAGAUUUGGGAGAAGAUAUGUCAGGUCCAGGGCAAGGAUCCUUCGGUGGAGAUUACACAGGAUAUUGUGGAGGAGUCGGAGGACGAACGCUUCGAAGACAUGUCGGACACUGCACCACCCAUCGAGUUGCCUCCGUGCGAGCUGUCACGACUCGAGGACAUAUCGGAGACAAUCCAGAGCUGUCUAUCCACGCCGUUGCGCAAGGAGAAGCUGUCGAUGGCCCUGGAAUCGGAGAACUACAUUAAGAAGCUGCUGAAUCUGUUCCAUGUGUGCGAGGAUCUCGAUAACACCGAGGGGCUGCAUCAUCUGUUCGAAAUAUUCAAGAACAUCUUCUUGCUGAACAAGAAUGCCCUGUUCGAGAUUAUGUUCGCCGAUGACACCAUCUUCGAUGUGGUCGGGUGCCUCGAGUACGAUCCCAGUGUGGCCCAGCCGAAGAAGCAUCGCCAGUACUUGAAGCAUUGGGCAAAGUUCCGUGAGGCUGUUCCCAUCAAAAACCCGGAUUUGCUAGCCAAAAUCCAUCAGACGUUUCGUGUGCAGUACAUACAGGACAUCAUUCUACCCACGCCGUCGGUUUUCGUCGAGGACAACAUGCUGAACACGCUCUCCAGCUUUAUAUUCUUCAACAAGGUGGAGAUUGUCACAAUGAUCCAGGACGACGAGCGGUUCCUGCUCGACGUUUUUGCAGUGCUCACGGAUCCAACCACUGGCGACACAAAGCGCCGCGACACGGUCCUAUUUUUGAAGGAGUUCUGCAACUUUGCCCAAAACUUGCAGCCCCAGGGCAAGGACUCGUUCUACAAGACGCUCACCUGCCUGGGCAUAUUGCAGGCGCUAGAACUGACGCUGGUCAUGAACGAAAAGAAAACCAAGUCGGCCUCCAUCGACAUACUCACGGCAAUUGUGGAGUUCUCGCCGCUGGUUGUGCGCAACUACACUCUGAAUCAGGUCAAUCGGCCGGAGGGCGAGCGUAUGCUACUGAACAUUGCCAUCGAACAAAUGUUGAACGACUCGGAGCCGGAGCUGGGGAUUGCGGUGCAGUUGAUGGGGAUCGUUAAGAUCCUCCUGGAGCCGGAGAACAUGCUCACCGAGAAGGGGGAUUUUCUCAAUUUCUUCUACAAAUACAGUGUUCAGACUUUAGUUGCUCCGCUGAUUGUGAACACGCUGGGUGACCGUCCGCAAAACGAAGAUUAUCAGACUGCACAGCUGCUUGGCAUUGUUUUGGACAUACUGUCGUUCUGCGUGGAGCAUCAUAGCUACCACAUUAAGAAUUUCUUAUUGCAAAAGGAUCUCCUCAAGAAAAUUCUGGUGCUGAUGAAGAGCUCACACACGUUCCUUGUACUCGGCGCCCUGCGACUGCUGCGCAAGAUAAUUGCACUCAAAGAUGAGUUCUACAACAGACACAUUGUCAAGUGCAAUCUAUUUGCGCCGGUUGUGGAUGCCUUUAUUCGUAACAAUGGCCGCUACAAUCUGUUGGAGUCGGCCAUCCUGGAGUUGUUUGAGUUUAUAAAACUCGAGGAUAUCCGCACAUUGUGCGUUUAUUUCGUGGAGAACUUUAGCAAGAUAUUUGAUGAAAUCGAAUAUGUGCAGACAUUCAAAUAUUUAAAGAAUCGCUACGAUCAGUACCAGGAUCGGCUCAAGGAUCGCGACAAGAUGGAAAACCGUACAGAUGGUGGCCUGCCGAUCAUACGCAGUGGUGGACGGUUUCGUCGGGAUCAGCGUCAAAUGGAAGAGGAGGAAGAGAUGUGGUUCAAUGAAGAGGAUGAUUUCACUGAAGAAAUCGAUACAUACAACAAUGUAAUCAAAUCCGUCAGCGAAAAGAACGGCCCGCAAAACCAAUCACCGCAGCAGAAGUCUUCUCCGCCGCACAGUACGUCACCCCACAGCGGUUUACUGGGUAAUCUGAAUUCCACAGCGACAGCCACUGCCACAGCAACAGCCACUGCCACUGCCACAUCUGUAUCGGCAGCAGUUGCUCCCGUGGCCAGUGGAAGCAGCAGCCCAGAGGCGGGCAUUGUCGAUGAGCAGGCCCAGGCUACAGUACAUCUGGCCGCGGCUGCCAACAUUGCACUGCAGCAUCACCAACAGCAGCAGCAGCAACAGCAGCAGCAACAGCAACAGCAGCAGCAGCAACAACAGCAGCAGCAGAACCCAUUCCAGCAACAGCAGACACAGCCUGAGAUCGCAGAACUGCACCAGCAGCUGAGCGGUGUGGAGACGCCGCAGAAUCAAGAGUUGGUGCUUUCGCCGUCGCCCACAGAAAACGCCUCUUCAUCAUCAUCAUCGUCGUCAUCAUCAUCGCUUGAAGCGUCCACGUCAUCUUCGGCGUCAUCGUCCUCAUCGUCACCGCCGAGUACGUCGGCAGCUGCUUCUCAUUGCGAUUCGGCGACAGUAGCUCAGGUGGUGGCCAGUCAGUUUUUAACGAUCGCGAUCGCAGCGUCCGUGACAGCGGCAGCUACAUCGGCUGCCCCCAAUCUGGCUCCAGCCCCAACUGUGGCCGAUCCCGACAUUGAGCCCGCCGACUCACAGCCGACUCCCGGCACCACAAGCGAGCUCGAUGGACUUCUCGGCCAGACUGUGACGGAGAAGGAUUUGGUAGCGUCCAGCAUCGACGCCAGCACGGACUCUGCGAACAGCGAAACGGACAAGUCGACGACCAAGAAGGGCCUGGUCGAUUAUGAGAGCGACUCCGGGGAGGAUGAUGACGAGGAGGACGAGGACGACUCUGAUGGGCCACAAGCACAAAAGCGCGCGCGUCUGGCAUAGUUGACAGAUGCGGAGCAGCAGGGCGGCAUCAAUUAUAAAUUAGUACACACAUAACCCACACUUACACACCCACACUAACACACACACACAAACCAAUACCAACACCAACACCAACACCAACGAACGGAACGUGGGGAAGGAGGAGCCGACCAGAGGGACUUCGGUUAUCGGUGGUCAGCCAGCUUGGUAAUGCAUUUUGCAGCAACUACAGGCACAGUAGACGGCAGACAGCCAGCGGACGGGAGACGGGAGAUAGCGGUACGAUGUAAGAUCGAACAAGAAAACAUAAAGUUAAAUUUUAGCAUAAAAAUUUAUUUUAAAGGAAAGCGAACACCUAAAAGUAAAACAAGAAAUUAUAAAUCUUACUUUACUAAAUUAA